AAGCCAAGGACCCGCUGUUGGCCCCGCCCCGCCCCGCCUCUCUCCGAGCGAGCCCUCUGCCCCCUCCCCUCCGCUCCCACACGCAGCAGCAGCAAUGGCGAACCACGACUACGACGAUCGGGACCGGGCCUACAGCAGCUUCGGCGGCAACAGAGGGCCCCGCGGUAGCGGCCCCCCUGGCGGGCGGCGCGGCAAGGAGCUUCCAUCGGAGCCGCCCUUCACCGCCUACGUGGGCAACCUGCCCCCCAAUACGGUCCAGGGCGACCUGGACGACAUCUUCAAGGGCCUCAGCAUACGCAGCGUCAGACUGGUGCGCGACAAAGAAACAGACAAGUUCAAAGGUUUCUGUUACGUGGAGUUUGACGAUCUGGAGUCCCUGAAGGAGGCCUUGGCCUACGACGGCGCCGAUUUAGGCUCCAGGUCGCUUCGGGUGGACAUCGCCGAGGGACGCAAACAGACGCGAGGGGGGACGGGCUUCGGCUUCAAAGACGACGGUCGAGGCCGAGGAGGUCCCCGAGGAGGCGGUCCCCGAGGAGGACGCGACGACUUUGCAGACGGAGGCUUCAGGGACGACGACUUCUCGGGAGGCCGGAGUCGGGGCGGCGGCCGUAUCGGUGACCGCCGAGGUGGCGGCGGCGGCGGGAUGGGCCGCUUCAGAGACGGACCGCCUCGUGGAGGAACCGCCGACUUUAGGGAACCUUCUGACGAGGAGCGCGCUCAGCGGCCGCGUCUUCAACUGAAGCCCCGCACCGUGUCGGAGCCUCUCAACCAAGUGGCCAACCCCAAUUCCGCCAUCUUUGGGGGCGCCAAACCACGAGAGGAGGUGAUUUCCCGGGAAAAAGCCCAAGACUGAGACUGGGGCGGGCGGGUUCGGUGGGCGGGGACGGACGGAGACGCUAACCGCGCCGUUAGCUUGACGCACUGACAGACGCCGAGUGGACGCCGCCGCCUUCUUGGUCCUCCUCUUCCUUCUUUCCUUGCAUCUUCUUCAUCCACCUUAUUCACAAUAGGAAGAGCGCCGCUCCCAAUUGCGCCGUCGGAACACUUUUCAGGCGCCCCAGAAGCGGGAUAUAAAUAUGUCGGAGACGUCUUUGUUCGGUCGGGAACGUUACUGAUGAAGAGUUGUCCCGAAUGAGCUGUCAAAACAAAACAACAAAAGCACGCCGGCCCGGCGCCAUCCCUUUUAAAUGAACAAGGACAAGGCAGAGUUUGCGUGGCCGUUAACACCUCGUAAAGUGGAUAUUUCAGAAUUGGCCAGCUUCGGUUCCGGCGCGACGUGGCUCGACAUCACAAAUCCGUUAACGCUUGGGCGUCCGAUGCGAUUUAGCCUCCCGCCAAGGAAGCUCAUCCGCAGGCGGGUCGGGCGGGCCACGCCCCCUUCCCCGAGGAGCCCCGCCCUCUGUAUUGGUUUUAAUACAAAUUCUUAUUGAUUCGGUCAAGGUCGUGAAAGACUAGAGAAGAAACGCGUGAACUCGUCGGCUCAUCCUCCGCCGUCUCAUUCAAGAUGGACACCUUCGUAACUAGAAUCGAUCGAAUUUUGAACUCGUCAUUGAAUCGUCGGAGCCUACAAAACAUGCGAUUAUUUUAUCUAGCGAGUUUUUCAUCAACUCUAAAAGGCGAGAAAAGUGAGCAAUUCUUGCCAGGGAAACUUCAACGCUAUGAUGUUAAUAACUUAAAAAAAAAUUUAAUUGUAAAACACGGCUUAAACAACAAUUGUGGAGGCCAAAGGUCAUCACGUGUUGGGCCUAAUGCGCAUCGCGAUUGCGGAAUCCGAAGCUCGCGCAUACACCGCUGGCCAAAAGUAUUGGCACCCCUGCAAUUCUGGUAUAUAAAGCUCAAGUUCUCCCAGAAAAUGAUUGCAAAUACAAAUGUUUUGGGAGUAAUAUCGUCAUCUAUUUUGCUUGCAAUGAAAAAAACACAAAAGAGAAUGAAUUAAAAAAAAAAAAAAAAAUCAUCAUUUUACACAAAACUCCAAAAAUUGGCCGGACAAAAGUAUCGGCACCCUUUGAAAAAUCGGGAUGCUUCCCUAAUUUGUGUAAUUAACAGCACCUGUUAUUUACUUGUGGUACAGAACAUAACAGGUGGUGGCAGUAACUAAAUCACACGUGCAGCCAGUUAAAAUGGAUUCAAGUAGACUCAGCCUCUGUUCUGUGUCCUUGUGUGUACCACGUUGAGCAUGGAGAAAAGAAAAGACCAAAGAACUGUCUGAGAACUUGUGAGGAAGCAUGGGCAAUCUCAAGGCUACAAGUCCAUCUCCCAAGACCUGAAUGUUCCUAUGUCUACCGUGUACAGCAGGGGUGGGCGAACCGGUCCUCGAGGGCCGCAGUGGGUCCUGGUCUUUGUUCCAACUGACCCAGCACAGGUAGUUUAACCAAUGUGGUUUCAGCAGAAAUGAGAAGCACCUGACUGCAAUCGACUGAUUGCACUUGUAAAACAGCAGAUUGGUGAAAAGGUGUCCUCUUAAUGGGUUGCAACAAAAACCCGCACCCACUGCGGCCCUUUGUGGAAUUAAUUGCCCACCCCUGGUGUACAGUGUCAUCAAUAAGUGUAAAGUCCACGGCACUGUGGCUACCCUCCCUAGGUGUGGGCGGAAAAGAAAAAUUGACCAGAGAUUUUAACGGAUGGUGGAUGAAGAACCGCGACUAACAUCCAAACAAGUUCAAGCUGUCCCGCAGUCCGAGGGUACGACAGUGUCAACCGUACUAUCUGUUGGCGUCUGAAUGAAAAGGGACUCUAUGGGAGGAUACCCAGGAAGACCCUACUUCUAACCCAGAGACCUAAAAAAGCCAGGCUGGAGUUUACCAAAACUUACCUGAGAAAGCUAAAAACAUUUUAGAAGAAUGUUCUCUGGUCAGAUGAGACAAAAGUAGAGCUUUUUGGGAAAAGGCAUCAACAUGGAGUUUACAGGGGAAAAACAAGGCCUUCAAAGAAAAGAACAUGGUCCCCACAGUCAAACGCGGCGGUGGUUCCCUCAUGUUUUGGGGUUGCUUUGCUUUCUCUGGCACUGGACUGCUUGACCGUGUGUAUGGCAUGAAGAAGUCUGAAGUCUUUUGCGGCAUAAUGUAGGGCCCAGUGUGAGAAAGCUGGGUCUUCCUCAGAGGUCUUCCAGCAGGACAAUGACCCAAAACACACUAGAAAAGGGUUUGAGAGAAAGGAUUGGCGACUUCUAAAGUGGCCAGACCUGAAUCCCAUAGAACACCUGUGGAGAGAUCUGAAAAUGUCAGGGACCUGGAGCAGUUGGCCAAAGGAGAAUGGUCUAAAAUUCUAGCAGAGCAUUGUAGGAAACUCAUUGAUGGAUACCGGAAGCGGUUGUUCACACUUCACAGUCAUUCUCUUUUGUGUUUUUUCAUUGCAAGCAAAAUCAAUGAAGAUAUUACUACCAAAGCAUUUGUAAUUGCAAUCAUUUUCUGGGAGAAAUUGAGCAUUAUUUGACAGAAUUGCAGGGGUGCCAAUACUUUUGGCCAGCAGUGUAAGUACCUUGUCUAUUAGUCUGGUGUCACGCAAAAUACUUCGUCUUCUACUUCCCGUAUAUUUGGUCACGACGUCUUCAAAUGCUGUGGUCAAGAAGAUCCUUACCACCAUCAAGUCAUAACUACUGUAAUAUUCAGACUAUAAGGCGCUACGGUUUCCCCUCAUUUUGAAUCCUGCCGCUUAUCGUCCUUUGAUGGAUAAUGCAGUUAUUGCAAUUUUGUUUUAUCACAAUAGAUUGGUUUAUUUACAUUUCAGAAACCAGAAGCCAUUCAUUUACGAAUGUGAUUGCAUUUUAGUUUACAUACAGUAUUUAAAUGUUCAGAUAUUAAGAUUGGAUUGAGGCAAAAUAACAUGCUUUUUAUCUCAAAUAUAUUGUUAUAAUCAUUUGUUUCAGAUUUACUGUAAUUAUUUUCUAUAUAAAAAUUGGUGUUCAAAAAGUAUUUUUUUUCAAACUUGAGUCUUGAAAAAGAGGGGGUCGUCUUAUAAUGAGGGCCGUCUUAUAUUAGGGCCAAUACGGUAAUUAUGACACUAUCAUGGGCAUUAAUGAUUACUUAUGGCAGAUGUCAUUAAGGCUAGGUUCAUACCGCAUAGGGUGACCAUAUUUUGAUUUCCAAAAAAGAGGACACUCAUAAUAUAUUAUAUUAAUAUAAUAUAUUUAAAGUGUGCCCCCUUACUCUGGAUGGAAAAAUGAAAAUAAAUAAAUAAAUAGUGACUUAAAAAAAUAAAAAAAUACAUACAUAUAUAUAUAUAUAUACAUACAUAUAUAUAUAUAUAUAUAUAUAAAACAUAAUGCAAACCCAUAGAAAUGUAGUCCAGUCAAUACACAUACACACAGUAGGCUAUGUGCCAACUAAACAUUUUAUAAAUUACUAUCACGACAAUUGUCCUUGACAAAUUGUUAUUCCCAUUCAAUUGAUAUUCUCAUUCAAUGUUCUGGAUUGCACACAAACAAAAACCAAAAUAAACUGACAAACUAUUCAACCAGCAUGUUUCCAAACGUAGCAGUUACAAACUACGUUUCCCAUAAUGCCUAGCGCAGUUGAGCUUACUGAUAGCUAGCUGAGGCAAAAAUCAAACUUUGCUAUAAAAGUUUACAAUCAUCGGCAGCGCAACGAUGCGACACCAAACGGGAUUUUACAGUCAAAGCUCCGACAGAAGUCAACAGUUGCCAUUAUAUACGUAUUUAUUGUAAAAAACUUAACUACUGGGCAGGCGUUGUGGCCAAAUCGUCAACCCAGCAGAUGGCGGUAAUGCCUCAUGAUAGGGGUGAACUGCCAACAAAAGAAGAACUACUCCUUCCCUCCCUACUACUAGGAGCCAUGUCAUCGCAGGCAGGUGCUGCCACCCAGUGGCCGGAGGGAUUCUCUUCAAAUUGGUCUCGUGAAAAAUCAUAAAAACCGGACAUUUUUAUGUAUUUAUAAAACCCGCCUGGACGACGAGGAUACGACGUGAAAGUAGGACUUGUCCGGCCAAAAGAGGACGUUUGGUCACCCUAAUACCGCAGGUGUUAAUGCACGAAUCCGAUUUUUUGUCAUGUCUGUUUUUUUGCCGUGCCCGUUCAGACUGCCUUUGUCCAUUGAGACCGUUCAAGUGUUACGCGUGCGCACUAAUUCAGAGUUCGACACGUGUUGAGGAAACAGACCAGCAUGCGCAGAAGCAUCAAAACAAAUGAUUACAAAUGCUGGCUGUCAUUCCAGGGUGAUCAUAUUUUGAUUUCCCAAAAGAGGACACAAAUAAGACUUUGAUAAUCCCCGUUUAGUCUUAUAUUCAAAGUGUAUGUGGAUUGAUAGAACGCAUGCACGCGCGUGCAAGGCGCACACAUAAUCCCUAUGUGUGUGUGCGUCAGUUUGCCUCGACUCGGCCAUGUAGGCAAUACUGAAAUAUUGCUUAUUUGGCGCACAUAGAGAAAACCGAGCAUAAUCAGGUUUAUCCUUUCAUUUUUUAUGACUUUGGUCAAGCCUGCCUCCUGUGUAGAAGCAGAGUUUAAGCGAGGUGCUACCGCUAAUGCACAGCUAUCGCUGCCUUCCUACCUGCCGCUCUUGCUCUAUGCUGUCAUGAUUGCUGCAUGAAUUCCGAUUUGGGAGACUUGACAGUUCAGACCGCCGCGACAUUUUGGAAAAAUGUGACCCAGAUCGGAUUUAAACCACAUACAAAAGUGACCCAGAUUGGAUUUGAAAUGGUCCACUUCUAUGCGACUUGUCCUGUUCAGACUUGAUGUCUCAAGUUGGAAAAACACGAAAAAAUUGGAUUCGUGCAUUAAGACCUGCAGUGUGAACCUAGCCUAUGUGUCAUCCGGCAAGUUAUGGUAAUGGUAAAUGGUGUUAUACUUACUGUAUAUAGCGCUUUUCCACCUUUCAAGGCGCUCAAAGAUGUCACCAACUCGGGGGUCGGCAACCCGUGUUUGGAGAAGUUGUUUUGAUGCUUCUGCGCAGACUUCAAAAACAAAACAGAGAUAAGAAAAUCAAAGACAUGACCGGAUAAGGGGCUUGUAAUACACGUUCCAUUUUGUUUUUCGAAACCUCAAUAUAAGGGCUGUCAAACGAUUUAAAAUUUUUAAUGGAGUUAAUUACAGCUUAAAAAUUAAUUAAUCGUAGUUAAUCGCAAUUCAAACCAUCUCUAAAAUAUGCCGUAUUUUUCUGUAAAUUAUUGUUGGAAUGAAAAGAUAAGACACAAGACGGACAUAUACAUUCAACAUACGGUACAUAAGUACUGUAUUUGUUUAUUAUAACAAUAAAUCAACAAGAUGGCAUUAACAUUAUUAACAUUCUCUUAAAGCGAUCCAUGGAUAGAAAAACUUGUUGUUCUUAAAAGAUAAAUGUUAGUACAAGUUAUAGAAAUGUUAUAUUAAAACCCCUCUUAUUGUUUUCAUUUUAUUAAAAUUUGUAAAAAUUUUCAAUCAAAAAAUAAACUAGUAGCUCUCCAUUGUUGAUGUCAUUACACCAUGCUCACUCCCCAAACCCAUAAAAUCAUUUGGACCCAAGCGCCAGCAGAGGGCGACAAACAACAAAAAACAAGUAACAAGCGGACAUUAAACUGCUGUCAUUUUAAUCUGAGCGGGGCGUGUGUGUUAAUUGCGUUAAAUAUUUUAAUGUGAUUAAUUUAAAAAAUUAAUUACCGCCCGUUAACGCGAUAAUUUUGACGGCCCUACUCAAUAUAUAUAAACAUAAUAAAAAUAAAAACGAUGUCAAAAAUGGGAUUUCUUUAUUGCAUUUCUAUAAUUUCGUAAAAGCAAUGAAACAAUUCAUUAAUAUUGUAAUGAAGUUAAACUUGAGGUAACAUCAUACAACAGAGUCAAGUGGUGCAUUGGAUGGACUGCAGGGAAAAUAAACAUGAAAUCAUGAAAGGCUCAUGAUGUAUUUUUGGCCGACUUGGUCAUUUUGAUUAGUGCUGCAACGAUUAAUCGAUUAACUUGAGUAUUCCAUUAGAGUAAAAGUAUUUGAAUUAAAUUUUGCUGCUUUGAGUAUUCGUUUGAUUAAAGUAGCGUUGUAAUGGUUUCUUUUGAAAGUGUUUGCAUUUAGCUUUAUUGAUUUGGGUGGAUACACUGCUCUCUAGUCUGCCUCAUUUCACAUGGCUGAGUCCAGCUGCUCCCUGUUAAGACCAACGUAAGCUAAGUUUUUGUUUGCGCUCGUUUUUGUUUUUUUUUAAUACGUUCGUAUUUUAGUUCAGGAAUCUUUUUUUCUAAUCGAAUACUCGAGUUAAUCGAUAAAUCGUUGCAGCACUAUAGUCUUAUGGCGCCACUUUCAAAUGUGUUACCAAAAUACCAUAACGAGCAAUUCAUGAAACAACUGGAACAGGAACUGAAGAAAUAAUUAGCACAGAACAUACAUUUUGAUCGCUAUUUACAUCAAUAGCGCUGCAAUGCAUACUAAGAGGCAUGUUGGACAACAACAGUGUUGGCAGCAGAGGUUAACUGUCUCCCCUAAGGGAGCAGUGGUGGCCAGAUGGAGCUUCCAGAAGCAAUGAAGCUUUGCAGCCAAUUGGUUCACAGAUUCAUGGUGGUUCAUUUGGCCUUAUGACAGUCUUAUGAUGCCUCUGUCAAAGUGUUAUCGGUUAAUAUCUUUUGGUUUAAAUAUCCCAUAAUACAGUGAAGACGGCUGUCUUAUAGUCUGGCGCGGCUUAUCUAUGAACAAAUUCAGUUUUGGGUGGCGGCUUAUAGUCAGGCGCGCCUCAUUGUCCGAAAAUGACGGUAGCUGCUUUUUGAUCAAUGUCAAAGCAUCUGCUAUUUACUCAGUGGCUAACUCGCUUCAAAGGGAUUGGACGGCUACCAGUGAUAAACUAAAGGGUGCAGAGGAAAAAACUUUUAACGUUGACCGCAAUAGACGUCCAAUCCUUUUGAAGUGACUCCCUCAAACUUCAAAUCGAUUGGACGGUUCACAGCACAAGGAUGAUUGGACGUUUAAAAUGGUUUGGGCGGAUGGCCGUCAAGUAUUGAGCGAGGACGGUCCGCGCCGCGCCAAUGUUUGUUUUUUUUCUUGCCGAGGUUGUUGUUGAUGUGCCCGUGUCUUCCA